AUGCCAUUUCCCACGCUUUCCCCCAAACCUGAAUCCCAUCCCCCGGGACAGGCUCAAAUCCUACAUCCUUCAGGGCCCGCUCCAGGGCUGACUCCACCAUUCCCACCAUCCCACCCUGUUUGCCCGCCCCUUCCCUUCUCCCCCUCCUGUAGCCCCUCCCCUUUCUCUCGCUCUUCCUCGCUCCCUCCUCCCUCUUCACCCCGCCCCCGUGCGCUGGCACCCUACGACACAGAAAUGCGCCAGGUAGCGAGGGAGCGUGGCGGGAGGCGUGACGUCGGCUCUGCGCGCCGUGGCGGCCGUUGCUUUACCGUUGCCCAGAGAAGGCGGAAGGGGGGAGUCCCGCGGGCAGCAGAGACCUCCGGGGUCAGGCUGAAAGAAGCGGAACAGAUGCAAAAUCUGGAGGGCGCGGGGGCCGGGCGGUCAGUGAGCACGCAGACUGGCAGUGUGACCGGCCAAAUGCCAAGGCUUUCUAAAGUCAACCUUUUCACUCUGCUCAGUCUCUGGAUGGAACUCUUCCCAACAGUGGAAAAAAAGCAAAAAUUACAGAGAAAGGAAGAGGAUGAACUUGGACCUUUGGGAGAUAAUGCAGAUGUGGCCAAAGUGUCAAAUGACAAAAAACAGGUGAAGAAAACUGGUCUUGUGGUGGUGAAAAACAUGAAAAUUGUUGGUCUCCAUUGUUCUAGUGAAGAUUUACAUGCUGGGCAAAUUGCUCUUAUUAGGCAUGGGUCUAAGAUGAAAAACUGUGAUCUUUAUUUUUCCAGAAAACCAUGUUCAGCUUGUUUGAAAAUGAUUGUAAAUGCUGGAGUGAACCGAAUUUCCUACUGGCCUGCUGAUCCAGAAAUAAGCUUGCUUACUGAAGCUUCCAAUCCACUGAGUACUGGAGAUGCAAAACUGGAUGCCAAGGCAGUGGAAAGAUUGAAGUCAAACAGUCGAGCCCAUGUGUGUGUGUUGCUUCAACCUUUGGUGUGUUAUAUGAUGCAGUUUGUAGAGGAAACCUCCUACAAAUGUGAUUUUAUUCAAAGAAUUGCAAAAACACAGCCUGGCUUUAACUCUGACUUUUAUUUUGAAUGUAAACAAGAAAGAAUAAAGGAAUAUGAAAUGUUAUUUCUGGUUUCCAAUGAAGAAAUGCAUAAGCAAAUAUUGAUGACUAUAGGCUUGGAGAACCUGUGUGAAAAUCCAUACUUUAGCAAUCUAAGGCAAAAUAUGAAAGACCUUAUUCUGCUUUUGGCCACAGUAGCUUCCAGUGUGCCCAACUUUAAACACUUUGGAUUUUAUUGUAGCAAUCCAGAGCAGAUUAAUGAAAUUCACAAUCAAAGCUUACCACAAGAAAUUGCAAGGCACUGCAUGGUACAGGCCAGGUUAUUGGCCUACCGGACUGAGGAUCACAAAACAGGAGUUGGAGCUGUGAUUUGGGCCGAAGGGAAAUCUAAAACCUGUGAUGGAACAGGGGCCAUGUAUUUCAUAGGAUGUGGUUAUAAUGCCUUUCCUGUUGGAUCUGAAUAUGCUGACUUCCCACACAUGGAUGACAAACAGAAAGACCGAGAGAUAAGAAAGUUCAGAUACAUUGUCCAUGCUGAGCAGAAUGCCUUGACAUUUAGGUGUCAAGAAAUAAAGCCAGAAGAAAGAACUAUGAUUUUUGUGACUAAGUGCCCAUGUGAUGAGUGUGUGCCUUUAAUCAAAGGUGCAGGCAUCAAACAGAUCUAUGCAGGAGAUGUAGAUGUUGGAAAAAAGAAGGCAGACAUCUCUUACAUGAGGUUUGAGGAGCUUGAAGGUGUUAGCAAAUUUACAUGGCAACAGAAUCCAACAGAAGCUCAUAUUCUGGGACUAAAUGAGUCUGAAACCAUAGAGAAUGGUCUCAAGACACCUGAGUUAGUGGAUGAAGAAUGUCACCAAAACAAGAAGUUAUGUCUUGGAAACCACUAAAAGAAAAGAAAGUCCUGCCUGAAUGAGAGAGGAGGCUGAGAGGAUUUUUAUUGCACUUUUUAAAUUCAUCCUUGUUGCCUCUCAAAUAAGGAUGGAAUUUAGGGAAUAAUUGACAAGUAUUUUUAAGGAAGUUAAUUUAUUACUGGGAUGUGUGAAUAAUGUUAAUGAGAAUAUUUUUAUUUUAGAUUUCUUUGUGUGUUUUCUAGAGUACGGUGGGUUUUUUUAUUACGCUAUAUGAGGUAUCAACAAUGAAUAAGACUAUUGGAUGGCUGAUUUCUGUUGAUGUGGAGUUUAGAUCAGCUAGGUAUCCUGGGCCAGAACCUAGAAGUGAGUAAGCUACCCAUUUGAAGGGUAGAUGUUCAUUCAGACCAUAAGAUUGUUGUGUAGUUAACUGCCAUAAAGAAAUGACUGGCAGUCUCAUGACCUGUAAGAGUCAGUAAACUCCCUAAAGGUCAGUUUCAUGUCUGGGGUUUACUAAUCAAUAGUAUCUAAUCCAUUUUAAUUGAUUCUUAGAAAAUAAGGUAAUUUCUGAUAGACCAUGAUCUCCAUUUUGAAAGUUAGUUUCUAAAAUGGUCAUUAAUUAUCCCCAAAUCCUUUGAUUAAAUUAAAUACAAGUCAGAUUGACUUGAAUGAAUUAUCACUGAAUUAUGAUGGCAGCAGGAAGAAAAUAUUAUUUCAUAAUAGCAUUCUUGUUCAUUGACAUUAUCUUUUGAAAAGGACACUCAAUCUAAAAUAUUCCCCAAAUUGGAGGAUCAUUUUAACAAUAAGAUAAUUUAGUGUGGUAAAUUCUAAUGAGCACUUUAGAAUUACUUAUCCUGUUCUUUAUUGUUCCUUAUUUAUAAGUGAUGUUGAAAAUCUCAUGGCUUUGAAGUGAAAAAACAAUAUAUUGAAAAAAGAAACGUUCCCUGCCAUUAAGAUUGCUAGAACAAUCUUAACAGCAAACACUACGUGGAGUUUAAGUUCCAUUUCUAACUGCUCUCCUUCCCAUUUUUAUUUGCUGAAGAAUUUCUAGAAAAUUCCAUUUUGAGAGAGAAAAUGAUCAGCUUUAGUCUUGGCCCACACAUGAAUAAUAAAUGAUAGGAUAGUCUGGUCCCUUUUCUGUGUUUUCCAGGAGGGAGGAGGGAACAUCCACUGGCUGAUAUUCUGAGGGGCCACCUGCUGCCUGGGGCCAUCAGACUCGCUCAUCUUACCUCCAGUUCUGUCCACUUUCUUUCCAUAGUAGCACAUGACUUUUCUAGGCUUGCCCUUCUAUCUGCCCAGUUUUCAGCUAAUCUCUGCUCUUUGAUUGGGGAUAAUAUAUUCAGGCAAAUACAGAGAUGGGGAAGAAAGAGGAGAUAGUGAAGGGAACAAAGCAUACACACGUGAAACAUUACACCAAUUAUCCAGACGAACUUUCAAGACGGACUUAAAAAAAAAAACUAAGCUCUUUUCUGAGCAAGAUUCAUACAUACUAAAAUGUUCAGUAUACACGAAAGUAGUGUGAACUUGUUCAAUAUGUAUUUUUCAUAUGCAUCUAUGUGGAGCUGGACUUGAGUUAUUUUGUAGUAUUGAGUCUUCCAGCAGAAUAUUUUAUCAACUCAGCCAGCCAGCAUUUAUGGGGUGAAUAUGUAUUUGUGUGCCCAGCUUUGUCUUAGACCCCACAGGGGCAGAGUGCAAAAAUUUAUGCUAAAGUGGUAAAAGUUCUAAGUGAAAUUUCUUUGGAACAUCAAUUAGAAAGGGCUAAUUGAUUGCCAUUGCACAAUGGAGCACCUAAAUGGUGUUUGCUGUCACCAUUAAGUUUAGCUUGCAGUUUAAGGAGGUAGUUACAUGUGAAUGAUGGCUUAAAAGGUUUCUCUUUUGCUUUUCCUCUCUGGUAGGUUUUCAGAUUCAAUAUUACUUUCUUGUAGGUUGUUUUAUCCAGGAAAAAAGUUUCCAUAGGAAAUAAAUUAUUUGGUAAAUUAAUUUCAUUAAAGCUUUAAGCAGACUUUUAAAAAAUGAACAAGACGGAACUAAGCUAAGUUCUAAUUGGUGAUAGAAAUUGAAACUACAGCUUUGUGUCCUAGCAGCAUUGGAGAUUUAUUUAGCCAACUGACUUGGCUGGAAGUUUUCUUUUCCACAGCGUAGUAAGAGAUGAGAAUUUCUACUUUAUUCUUUUAAAUCCAUUGUUGUCCGUAAUGACUGAAAUGAAGACACAUAAUACUUGAGGAAUCUCUUCUUGUUUGCUCCUCCCUCCCCUCAGCCAAAUGCCAAAGACCCAGGUUCCAUGGAUCUUUUCUACCACAUUGACCCUGUUGAAUAUAUUGGAUAUACAUAAUUUCAUUGCAACCCUUCUGGAGCUUUUGCCUUGGUCUGGAGGCUUUCUUUCUCAGAUGCUUUUUUUUAAGUGGAGAAUAUAGAAUCUCUCACUGUUAGCUUUCCUUGUUUCAUAUUGAGAAAUAGAAUGCUAGUAGGUAGAGUUUAGUCUGUAUUCAGAGUUGCCUAUACACUGUUAAAUGCUUGUGGGUUUUAAGCUGAGAACUGCUCAAAAUUCCAUCUGGAUGUGGCAUUAGAAAUUCAGUCAUUCUUGUCUUAGGAUGGUUGUACUUGAUUUACAUCAGUUUUAAGUUUGGAUUAUAAAAGCCUAGGUAAAUCACCUCAGACUCGCAGACCAAAGGCAUAUAAGGCUAUAUGAAAUAAUCAUGCAUUAUUCAGUCCAGCCCAGUCUUGCAGACAGAGCACAGUAAUUCAUCUCCAGAGCAUCAUCCUGAAAGGGUAUGGGCAUAAAAGAAGUCAGGGUACAAGCAAAUAUGUAUUUUAAUCAAUAUGGAAACUAUGUCCCACAGUUCUAGUUAACAGUUCUUUAGGCUACUGACACUCACUUUAACACAUCCAUUAACUAUAGGAAAGACUACUAAAGAAUUUUCAGGCAAUGAAUUUUUAAAAACUAGCUUUUAGGCUGGUGAUGUCUAGAGUCACUAGUAUUUUAUACCUAUUCGUGUAGUUCAAGUUGGUGUUGGGGUCACAAUUAGACACCACCUUUUUUGAAGUCACAUUUCUAGCCUCAGGAGCUAUGUAGACAUGUUGGUAAGUGCAGUAAUCUGCCUUGCCUCUUAAAGCAAACAUUUUCUAUUACUAAGAUCACUAACCUUUCCUGCUUUCUCCUAAAUAAGUAGCUGCUGGGCCCAGUGGGCAGGCAUCCUACCUAACUAACCAUUAUACAUAGGGUAGCCAUUCCUACUCUAGUAAACAUAUAAUAAGGUGCUUAAUACAUGAAAAUGAGUGUUAUUAAACUUUCAGUACCAGAUAAACUUCAGUUUGCUAGAAGCACAGAGAGAUUCUACUGUCUUCAGUUUACUUGGUGUAAGCCUUGGAUUUGCUUAUGUACACAUGGAUCUCUGGCAGAUGUGUGUUUUCUUUUUAAAGUCACUAUGUAAACUUUGAGGGGAAUGCAUACUCUUGAUGUAAUGGUGAAAUCCUUUGGAAUUGUUGCAUUGUUCUUGUGUACUUUUUUCCCCACUGUGUCCCAUUGAAACAUCACCAGCAAGUUCAGGUUUAAAGGGGUCUGCUUUAAACUGUGUAACUUGAAUAUCCAAUUUCAUAAAAUGAUCGUCAUCAUGUUCAGUUAAUACUUCCAUGUCAACUACAUAGUGUCCCCCAAAUGUAUGCAGCGGCUAUACUUAUUUUCUGAAAAAGAAAAUAUAUUAGUUAUGGGCUGAAAAAGUAUAUAUUCAUUUUGGGAUGACAUCUUUAGUCACAGAAAGUAAAAGGGCCAAAAUCAAGUAGCAUCUUAAGAUAAUCCUAGUAAUUAUUUUUUUUUCAUUUUAAAAUACCUUUGGAAAAAAAAAUUAUGUGAGAAUGAUGGUCAUCUCCCUACCUAUUUUGGUGAAGCGGACCAAAAAAGCUACAUGUGGUCAUGCUUCAACUUUUCCAAAUGGAGGGAAUCACCAGCUUUUUAAAUGGGCUGGUUAUAUUAUCAUUUUUGAAAUGGGGCAACAUUAAUGCUGCCAAACACUUACUUGAGUUGCACGCUUUCAAAAGCAAUACCUCACUUUCCAUUCAUAACUUAGUUUUUUAUGAACAUUUUUAUGAAUCAUUUUCAGAUUUUUUUUCUGAAUCAUUUAAUCAACUUUUCAAAUGUCUGUCCAAUGAAAGAAUAUUUUAAAAAUCAAAAAUAAGUACCUAAUUCAUGCACAGAAAUCUCUGGGGAAUAAAUAGAGAGCUGGUGCUGAGAUUUUGAUAAUUCCUUGUAUCCUUUCUUUUUUUCUAAAAUAACUUCAUUACAAACUUAGGACUCUCAACAAUAUAAACUAGGAGCAGAAAGAAUAAAAUCAUGAAAUCCAAACACUUUGGUUGAAAAUUUUAAAAAUACUUCAUACAAAUUUAAACAAAAUAAUACUUUAAUCUGACCUGAGAUUUCUUUUCUGUAUGUAAACUUAAAAAGGUUUGUUGCCCUUGGUUU